AUGGGAUGCUGUCUCCUUCGUUUCUUAUCGCUGGUGAAGCCAGCGAUGUGCAUCUUGCCGGAGGUGCAUGCACCCGAGCGUCGUGUUCCUUUUCCAUCUAAUAGAGGUACUCUUAUGGAGUUAGGCAUUACUCCUAUUGUUACGAGUGGUAUGGUUAUGCAACUUCUUGCUGGAUCCAAGAUUAUUCAAGUUGAUCAAAGUCUUAAGGAAGACAGAGCUCUCUUCCAAGGAGCACAAAAACUGUUGGCACUGUUGAUUACCACUGGUGAGGCUGUUGCAUACGUCAUCAGCGGCAUGUAUGGACCCGUCUCGGAGAUUGGAGCAGGCAGCGCAUUAUUGAUUAUUCUUCAGCUUUUCUUCGCGGGUGUUGUUGUUAUUAUAUUAGAUGAACUUUUACAAAAAGGUUAUGGUUUAGGUAGUGGUAUUUCUUUGUUUAUUGCAACAAAUAUCUGCGAGACUAUUGUAUGGAAG